AGAGGAGUAGUGUGAUGAAGAUGAAGAAGAAAAGUGUAGAAGGUCAGGUGAUGGACGGUUCAGAUAUAAUGGAGUUGGUUGGGAAUGAGAAGGUGUUUAGUAGCUUCGUGGAUCAUAAGUUUGAAGAGCUGGAUAGAGACUGUGAUGGUAAGCUCUCUGUGAAGGAGUUACAACCUGCUGUUGCUGAUAUUGGUGUUGCUCUUGGCUUGCCUGCUCAAGGCUCUGCUCCUGAUUCUGACCAUAUCUAUUCUGAGGUUCUGAAUGAAUUCACUCAUGGUAAACAAGACAAAGUGAGCAAGACAGAGUUCAAAGAGGUUCUUUCAGAUAUUCUAAUAGGUAUGGCUGCUGGGUUAAAGAGGGACCCUAUUGUAAUUCUUCGCAUUGAUGGCGAAGACCUCCAUGAGUUCAUCAAGAGCCCAAGUUUUGAACCAGAGAUGGUUUCCAUAUUUUCACAGAUAGUGUUACCUGAUGAUCAGGGAUCCCUCAAAGACUACAUUAUCAAGGCUUUUGAAAAACUUACAGUUGAUCAAGGAAUGCCUCCUGCUUCAGACUCUUGGGUUAUGAGCAAUGUUGUUGAACCGGCUCUCCAAUCGUGUGGUGGCGGUUAUGAUCAGCAACCCAUCUCUCAGGACACAUUUUUGGCUGAGUUUAAGAAAGUAGCAGAGAGAGUGGCUCAGAAUCUCAAGGACCAGCCUGUGAUUGUUGCCCACAGUGAGAAUACCUUCGACGGCAGUAGCAUCAAGAGACUAUUAUCCAACAAAUUUGAAUUCGAUAAGACACUGGAAACAGCAUUGCAGAAUGUGCCAACAGAUCGUCAGGGGAAGCUGUCUAAGGAGUAUCUGCGAGUGGUGCUCGAUGUGGUCGCCCCAUCCACGGGUCUACCUCCAUUAGGUGCAGUUGAUCAGAUGGACAAGGUUAUCGCGGAUGUGUUUAAGAUGUUGGAGGUGGAUGAUGGGAAGGCAGUGAAAGAAGAAGAGUUCAAGAAGAUAAUGAGUGAAAUACUUGGGAGUAUAAUGCUGCAGUUGGAAGGCAAUCCAAUCUCAAUUUCUACAAAUACAGUUGUCCAUGAACCCCUUGCACCUGCUUCCACACUCUUGCCGCCAUCUUCGUCGUCAUAAUAUAAAAAAUAAAAUGCAAAUCAACAAAAAAUAAAAUAGGCUAAUCAAACAACCUUGAUGAAGGGAAUAUUGAUCAGCAGUUUUUAAGUAAUGUACUCUGUGUAGUUCACUUGGUUUUAUAUAUGAAUUAACGGUUUAAUCAUGCAAAUAUAGGGUAAUGUGGAAUCCAUAUAUUAAUAAUAUUUUGUUGAUUCACUUGUG